AUGCGUGGUGUAUUUAUAAUUUUAUCCGUUGUGGUGGCAAUUGCCUCCGGCCAAUACAAUUAUCAAAUUGGAAAUGAAGGCAGACAAACUGUAAGAGGACUUGUUGGAGGAUUUGCCAACAAUGCUAAAGCUGGCAGUACUUAUAACACGCUAAUCAAUGUCAAUGGACCAAAUGGACCAAAUACCUCACCAUUCCAAACAACAUUCUCCAAUGAUGGUUUCGUAACUUCCAGCCCCUCUUUCAACUCCGAUGAAUCUGCUCCCACCAACCAAUUCAUUACAUACACCGUUGAUGAAAAUGAUUUCAAGGAUAGCACACCCGAACGUGUCCUGCAAUCAGUGAAGAAACCCCAACGUGUUGUAUUCAUUAAAGGACCAUCAAAUAAGAAUUUCGAGGAUGCUAUAUUAGCAUUGGGUAAACGAACUGCUCAAACUGCCAUCUAUAUUCUCAGCAAACAAGCCGACAUUAAUGAAUUAACAAAUAAAUUCAAUUCGUUGAGUGAGAACAACAACGGCAACAAUCGGCCAGAGGUCCAUUUUGUUAAAUAUCGCACACCGGACGAUGCUGUCAAUGCUCAAAAUGCUAUUCAACAACAAUAUAAUACCUUGGGUGGUAGUUCUAGGACAAUUAAUGGCGGUUUGGCAUCAAGUUUGAAUUUUGCCUCUCCAACGCCUUUGGUUCAGCCUGCAAAUGUUGCAGUACCAGAUAACCAAUAUUUGCCAGGUUCAGUUCUUCGUUUGUAA